GAUUGUAAUAAGCGCCUUCUAACAGACCAUGGUAAAACUGCAGGAUGAUACAACCUGUUGAUCGUGUUUAUAAAAUCAUGGCGGUCAAAAGGCCGACCUUCAAGCUUGUCCUUCUUGGAGAGGUGGGUGUGGGGAAAACCUCGCUGUUCGUCCGACUUAAAGACGACACUUUCCUUGAAGACACGAAGGCGAGCAUCGGUGUCGACUUCUGUGAGACUCUCGUGAAGGUGGAAGGCGAAGAAGUUCGGUUGUGUAUCUGGGACACGGCAGGCGUGGAACGGUUCCGGACCAUGACGCAGGGGUACUACCGGCACGCUGACGCCGCCCUAUUGGUCUUCAGUCUGGCGGACUCUGCGUCACUCAGGCUACUGACGUCAUGGGCUAGAGAGGUCAACGACCGGACGGUCACGUCCAACAGUCCAGUUUUGAAGAUCAUAGUUGGCAACAAGAGCGACCUGGAACACCGAACAACGGAACGGACAGCUGCGGAACUGGCGGCGACUUACGGCUGUGAGCUGGUCUUACAGGUGUCCGCUAAAACAGGUGAAGGUAUCGACGAAGCAGUUCAGGUGAUAGCGGGGAAACUUCUGGCCAGGAGCAGAGAACGAAGAAGGUCGCACCUGACGUCACCAGAUUCUGACGGCAAUCCGCUAACAUUAGACAGACAGGACACGAAGGAGAGACGACAGACGGCACGAUGCUGCUGAGAUUUUAUUGACACUUUUGUCAACAAGUCGUUGGCAGGGCUGACUAGAAAUGAACGAUCCCAACAUGCACUUGAACUACUACUCAGGCGAGGUUGCUAGGGUCCACAUACGCUCCAACUUGAAAUGGGAUGACCAGGUCCAAAUCAUGGUGUCCAAGAGUAGCAGAAGGAUGGUCGUUAUUAGCAGGUUACGAACCGAUUACAGACCUUAACACUAUAUACUGUGGUUACAUAAGACGCAUACUGGGCUUCAGAGCUAACCCAGAGACAGUCGGCCACCUUAAGCAGGUGCAGCGAAGGGCCUGCAGGAUGAUGUUGGGACGACAGUUCACCUCCUACACCGCAGCUCUCCAACAUCUCGGACUUGAGCGCCUUUCAACCCGGAGACAAAACUAUGCCCCGACUUUCCCGUGAAAGUAGAAAGGUCUGCCCGCUUCUCAACAUAGCUGCCCCUUACCACUUCAGCCUACUGGGCCUAACCGCUACCUAACCAGUACUAUGUCAGCAAUGAUCAAAUUAUGGAAUGAACUGUAAACUCUGUUCCACCAUAUUGGACAUUCAUUCAUUCAUUCAUUCAUUCAUUCAUUCAUUCAUUCAUUCAUUCAUUCAUUCAUUCAUUCAUUCAUUCAUUCAUUCAGCUUUUAGCUAAUUUUGCAGGACAAAUCAAUACGUUUUAGCAUAUUGAUUACAAUCUACGACUGGAUAAAAUCUCAAGAUUUUCCUCCGGACAUUUUGAGUGACAUCCAUCACUCUUGUUGAUAACGUUGUGCACGCCCAGUCUUUACGAAAUAAGGGACUUCAACAGCCUUCCUUCGAGAGAUAAUCUUUAUUGCUCCUGCAAAGCCAAAGCACACUCUGAGACCACUUCGUGUGGUCGAAUUCCGGCAGAUGUAUUGAAAAAGUGUUACGUGUGAAUCGGUGAACAGCAAUAUAGUAGUAGUCAUGUGUAACUCAUCACUCCAUAAGUAGUAACGGUGCAUUUAAUUCAUAAAACUUUGUACGACAGUAAAGAUAACAAGGCAGUAAAGUUUAAAACUAAUUUCAUCUCUUUCUCAACUUUCACGAUUUGCGAAUCUUUCACAAUAGAUAGUGAAUAAAUUGCACUGGAUAUUUACAACUAGUUUACGAGAUGCAGGAAUCGCCUUUACGCCUGAAGUAUUGAGAGUGUAUUGAGAGUUUAAUGUAACUUUUGGUCUGAUUCUAACAGCAGGUGCGAACUGAUCAACAGAGAAUCUUUAAGAGUAUAGAAUACUUUUACUUCCAUUGAAUGCAUAGCUUAAUUAGAUUUGUGUCACAUUUGAAAAUAAAGUUCCUUCAACACAGCCCAAAAUGGUUUACAACUUGUCAGCUGCCUUCAGCAGGGCACUCCUGGCCGCAUGGUGGCGCAGCGGCAACAAUAAUGCCGUCCCAAACGUGACAGAACAGGGUUUGUGCUGUCGGUUGUGUAAAAAGAACUUUAACCUUAUCUAGAUUCAUUCUAUGUAUAUGUAUUCCAUGACCACGAGGGUCAAGAGGCGGACUGUGUUUCUCUUGAUCUUGAUUCCACAUUGUUCGCGGACUGUAGCCUCCGAUUCUGGAAAAUAAAACGACGGUAAGAACA